UUUCCUUCAGAGUUUGUUUCAUGGGAAGAUAUUUUGUUUAAACGGCCGCAUAAUUGUAGACUAUUCUCUUCCCCAAAGUCUCGGGUUUCAUCUGGUUGACCCUUUGUGCCUAUAUAACACCAUCUGGACUUAACUAUUCGUCGUGUGCGAGAGCAAGAGUUCUGGUAUAUUUUUUCCCCUUCUGUUAGUGCAUUCUUAAGAGGGUGCUAACAGGAAACACAGACAGAGGGGAGGAAAAGGAAAGGAGGGAGAGAAAGAAGAGACUGGAGACAUGGCUGGUGGAGGGUUCGGCGGCGAUACGGGGGGUUUGAAGAGAGCUCAUCUCUAUGAGUACAAAAUUACCAAGUAUUUCGUCUUUUCUUGCGUUGUUGCUGCAAUGGGAGGAUCCCUUUUUGGAUAUGAUCUUGGUGUUUCUGGUGGAGUGACUUCCAUGGAUGAUUUCUUGAAGGACUUCUUUCCAAAGAUAUAUAGAAGGAAACAAGCACAUCUCCACGAAACAGACUACUGCAAAUAUGACAACCAGCUCCUCACGCUUUUUACAUCUUCACUAUACUUUGCAGGCCUCAUUUCCACAUUUGGAGCCUCCCAUGUUACCAGGAAAAAAGGGCGUAGAAUGAGCAUCCUUGUUGGAGCAGUCAGUUUCUUCCUUGGAGCAAUCCUCAAUGCAGCUGCAAUGAAUGUCUUCAUGCUGAUUGUAGGACGCAUUCUUCUUGGUUCAGGCAUUGGAUUUGGCAAUCAAGCAGUACCCUUGUAUCUGUCAGAGAUGGCUCCUGCAAAGAUUCGAGGAGCUGUGAACCAGCUGUUCCAAUUGACAACCUGCUUGGGGAUCCUGGUUGCAAACUUGAUUAACUACGCAACAGACAAGAUCCAUCCAUGGGGUUGGAGAUUAUCUCUUGGCUUAGCUGCAGUUCCAGCGACACUGAUGUUUAUUGGCGGCCUUGUGCUUCCCGAGACCCCUAACAGUCUUGUAGAGCAAGGCAAAUUAGAAGAGGCAAAACAAGUUUUGGUAAGAGUCAGAGGAACCACCAAUGUUGAUGCUGAGUUUGCUGAUCUUGUUGAGGCUAGCAAUGCAGCACGGGCUAUAAAGCACCCAUUCAGGAAUCUUCUGCAGAGGAAGAAUCGUCCCCAGUUAGUAUUAGGGGCUCUGGGAAUCCCAGCUUUCCAGCAGCUCACCGGCAUGAACUCCAUUCUCUUCUAUGCUCCUGUCAUGUUUCAGACCUUGGGUUUUGGCUCAGGGGCAUCCCUCUACUCCUCCGCCAUAACUAGUGGAGCACUCGUUAUUGCUGCGAUAAUUUCAAUUCUUCUUGUGGACAAGUUCGGUAGAAGAGCAUUCUUUUUGGAAGCCGGUAUUGAGAUGUUCUGCUACAUGGUGGCUUUGGCUAUUACUCUGGCCCUGAAGUUUGGAGAAGGAAAAGAACUUUCAAAAAGCAUUGGUUACUUUCUUGUGACAAUCAUCUGCUUAUUCGUCUUAGCAUACGGACGGUCCUGGGGUCCUCUGGGUUGGCUAGUUCCUAGCGAGCUCUUCCCCUUGGAGACUAGGUCAGCUGGCCAGAGCAUGGUGGUCUGUGUCAACCUCCUCUUCACAGCUUUGAUAGCACAGUGCUUCUUGGUGUCACUUUGUCACCUCAAAUGGGGAAUUUUCAUUCUAUUCGCUGGCUUGAUAUUCAUAAUGAGCUGCUUCAUUUACUUCCUCUUGCCUGAAACGAAGCAAGUUCCGAUAGAGGAAGUCUAUCUUCUUUGGCACAAUCACUGGUUGUGGAAGAAAUACGUGGAAAAUGACGGGCGAGGUGGAUUUGAUAUGGGGAAGCCACCAGCGUAAAACAUCCUAUGAGAAAACGUUGUCGAAAUUCUUUGCUAUCAAGAUGUUAAUGCUGUUUGGAUUCUCUAAUAAAUAAUUUUCUGUAAUUUUUUAAGAGGUUACGUACUUAGGAGAUGUGGAAUUAAUAUUAUCCAUAAUUGGAUAAUGAUUUAUACAUCUUCUCAAUCUUUUCACAACUCACUCUUCGUCUAUAUUUGCAACUGUAAAUUGUA